AUGGACGAAAAGGGGUUCCUUCUUGGGGUGGUAGAAAGAUCUAAAAGAGUGUUUUCAAAACAACUUUGGGCCCAAAAGAAAGUUACAGCAGCCUUGCAAGAUGGUUGUAGAGAGUGGAUAACAGUUUUGGCUUGUAUUUGUGCUGAUGGGAGCUGGAUUGACCCAAUGAUUGUCUUUGAAGGAAAUGCCGGUCUUCGCGAGCGAUGGAUACAGCACUUAGACGUGGACAAACACCAGCUUUUUUGCUCUACAACUGAGUCUGGCUGGAGUAACAAUGAGCUGGCAAAGGCUUGGGUCGAACAGGUGUUUGACCGGAAGACAAAGGAGAAAGCAAAACGAGACUACAGACUUCUUCUGCUCGACGGCCAUGGAAGUCACGUUACUCCAUCCUUCAUCGACUACUGCAACUCUCAUCGAAUCCUGAUUGCAAUCUUUUCCCCCCAUGCGACUCACAGCCUUCAGCCACUCGACGUGGUGUUGUAUUCUCCAUUGUCGACAGCUUACUCGAACGAACUGUCCGAGUUCCUCCGCCGCUGUCAGGGGUUGCUGCGUGUGCAAAAAAGUGACUUUAUAAGCUUAUUUUGGGCGGCAUAUACAUCGACUUUCACAUUUGAGAAUAUUAUAAGUAGCUUUGCGGCUACUGGAGUUCAUCCACUCGAUCCGGACGUUGUGCUCCAACGCUUCAAAAGCUCAACACCACCACGGGACACGGAUACAGAAGUUGGAGAGCAUGGAGAUGGGGAUACUCGGAGACAGCUGUCCAAUUUAUACGACGCUGCUGUCACGGAUAAGUCAAAAGUUGAAGCCAAAGAGCUAAAACAGGCACUCCAUUCACUUCAGGUCAGAAAUGAGCUACUCUACCAUGAAAACAAGAAAUUACGCGGUGAGAUAGACGCCAAAAAACAGAAGAAAAAGCAUAAUCCAGUUCUAGAUCUUCAGCAGCACCAAGAGUAUCAAAGUUUGGCGGUGGUAUGGAGUCCUCGGUCA